CCCAACAGCCUGCCCAAACUCAUCACCAACGAAGUGACCUCACACCCCGACCAGCUCCUCAGCUCCUCUCCAAAACCUGACCUCUCUGGUCUCCGCCCCCCUGUCCUCCAGGGCCCCCCUUCCCAGCCCUACCUGGCCCAGAGGUCCCCAGUGGGGGUCAACGGCACUGACGCACCCCCCAAAACCCCUGGAACCACCCCCACCCCACAAAGCUACAACCGCUACGUCCCCAAGCCUUACACCUCCUCGGCCCGGCCCUUUGAGAGGAAGUUUGAGAGCCCCAAGUUCAACCACAACCUCCUCCCCAACGACAGUGGGAAGACAGACCUCCUGAUCAGUAGCAGCAUCCCCAAACCCAGCGUGGUCGUCAACAACAACAACAGCAGUACCAAGCCACCGCUGUCCCCUCCGCCCCUGGACCACGACAGUGGGCUGGACACGUUCACACGCACCAUGGACAACAGGGGGCCCAGGUACCAGCAGCACAACAACCUAGUCAACAAUGCUGUGUCCAAGGCCAUACCUGUCAGCCCCAGUGCGCUGGAGGAUGACGAGGAGGAUGAAGGUCACACAGUGGUGGCCACGGCCCGGGGGAUCUUCAACUGUAACGGCGGGGUGCUGAGCUCCAUCGAGACGGGAGUCAGCAUCAUCAUCCCCCAGGGAGCCAUCGCAGACAGCGUGGAACAGGAGAUCUACUUCAAGGUCUGCCGGGACAACAGCAUUCUGCCCCCCCUGGACAAGGAGAAAGGAGAGACCCUGCUCAGCCCUCUGGUGAUGUGUGGGCCUCACGGCCUCAAGUUCCUGAAGCCGGUGGAGCUGCGCCUACCUCACUGUGCGUCUAUGACCCCUGAUGGUUGGUCUUUUGCUCUAAAAUCCUCCGACUCCUCGUCGGGUGACCCCAAGACAUGGCAGAACAAGUCUCUUCCAGGUGACCCCAACUACCUGGUGGGAGCCAACUGUGUGUCUGUGCUCAUCGAUCACUUCUAAACAGAGGGAGACAGCUGGCCUGUUACUGAAUGUGUUAGAUAAGGGGACGGCACAGACUC